AUGCGAAGGGGUAGCCUGUGUAUGCGACCAUACAAAGAGUCUGUUAUGGAAAAACCCGAACCAACGUCCAAAUACGAAGACGAACCAGUUGGUGACCCCAUUCGAUUGGGUCCGGGCCAAAUUAUGCCACGUGGAUAUGGCAUAAGUUUCAUGUAA